ACCAUGACUUAUUACUUAAUGGAUGUGGAUGUUUCAUGUUUGUGAAUAAUAUUGUGAUUUAUUUUAAUAAUAAUUUUGAUUUUUGAAGCUACUUUAUCUUCAAUAAGUACCUGUUUAUUGAACUACGAAAAUAGUGAUACAGAUUCUUAAAAAUGGAUGAAGAGUUAGGUGGUUUGAAUGAAGACGACUUUAUUAUACCGCCGGUGAAAUAUGAAUAUCUCGACCACACCGCUGAUGUACAAUUGCAUGCAUGGGGUGAUACAUUAAAAGAAGCAUUCGAGCAGUGUGGGAUGGCGAUGUUUGCUUACAUGACAGAUAUGGAUUACGUGCAGAUCAAGGAAGUUCACACCAUCGAAGCUAACGCCGAUGACUUGAUGGGCCUCCUCUACCACUUCCUUGACGAAUUGCUCUAUCUAUUCUCCGUUGAACCUUUUCUGAUUUGCAAGAAGCUAGAGAUCACGGAGUUUAACACUGAGGAGUUUAGGAUAAUUUGUAAGUGCUUCGGCGAAGAAUUCCAGAUCGGGAAACACCCGCAAGGAUCAGAAGUGAAAGCUAUCACGUACUCGGCUAUGCAAAUCAUAGACGAACCCAAGGACAAUAAAUAUGAAGUGUUUGUAAUUAUUGAUAUUUAAGUGAAUAUAUUUUGUUAACUUUAUUUAAAAAAGAAAACGUUACAAUAAAACUUAAAGCUAG